CCGCGUGAAAGCCUCGCUCUGCCGGGGCCGGCCAUGCCUCUGGCUGGGCUGCCGGCGCGGAGAGGCAGCCGGAGAGGCGGCGGCGGCGGCGGCGGCGGCAGCGGCGGCCGCCCGCGCUGAGCCCGCGUCCAUGUUCUCCUGCUUCUGCUUCAGCGUCCAGCCCCAGAGCUUCGGCAGCGCAGCGCUGCCCGAAGAUGAAAACAAGGAAAACUACCCAGACAAAUCUGUAGUCUUAGAGGAAAGUGAGGAAGUGUUUCAAGACAAGCCAACACCCUGCGAUGGCAUCCUAAGAGUUGGCAUGGGGAACUUAAAAUCCAGAAAGCCUACAUCCAUUCCAAAAGCAGAAAAUGGGAAAACCCGUGAAGAAAAUCAGGAGAUGGGAAAUGCAGGGUCUUGGCUCUCAGGGUGUCAGAAGAAAACGGCGACCUCAGCUGCUGAAUACGCUGAGAAUGUAACGCUCAGAUACCAGGAAACAGCUCUCAAGUUUCAACCCAGGACAGAUCAAAGUGCAUUCAUUUCACCAAACGAUGUCCCCGAACACCUGCAAAGGCUCACUGAAGAAGACAGUCCUCAGCUGGUGGCUUCAGAGGAACCAGCCUCUUCAUCUGCCUCAACGAGCAUGAACAUUGACAGAGAUUGUGGCCGUGAGCCUGCUCAGGAGUACCGAGAGGGCCUGAUGGAGGCUGACAAUGGGCCCGAAGACCCGGAUGCUUUAGGGACUUGCAGGCUGUUGCAUCAUAUCACGGAUGGAGAUUAUCCUCUGUUGUCUCCUCGCUGCUCUAUUUUCAGCCAAAGCCAGAGGUUUAACUUAGACCCCGAAUCGGCUCCUUCUCCACCAAGCACUCAACUCUUCAUGAUGCCAAGAAGUUCUUCCAGAGGCAGCUGCGAGGACAGCAAAGUGCCCCAGACCAUGGUACAACUCACAAAGCACCUACAAAACCUGAAGAGGAGGAUAAGGAAAUACGAAGAGAAGUUUGAGGAGGAGAAGAAUUACCGGCCUUCCCAUGCUGACAAGAUAUCAAAUCCCGAAGUAAUGAAAUGGAUGAAUGACUUAGCCAAAAGUCGUAAACAGCUAAAAGAGCUGAAACUCAAAAUGUCAGAAGAACAGAACUUCCCCAUCAAAAGAAGCCAAAGGAACUUUCAUCAGGAGAGCUCCAAAGAGGCCGCGAGGCUGGAUCCAGCAGAUUCUCCCACCAGUCCUUUGGUGGAGGAAACCAUGGAAGCGGUGAAGAAGCAACUGAAGGAGAAGCGACAGCAGCUCGGUCUCCCUGAGAACAUCAAGGCUAUGACAAAAAAGCAAAUGGCUUUGGAAAAACUCAGUCUCCAGAAAAGCCUACUCUAUUUUGAAAGUAUUCAUGGACGGCCUGCUAACCAGCAAGACAGGAGUUUGAUGAAGCCUCUUUAUGAAAGAUACAGAAUUAUAAAGCAGCUUCUAUCAACGCCCUCUUUGAUUACAACUAUUCAGGAGGAGGAAGAUUCUGAUGAAGAACCUCCUCAGAGUAGCUCCACUGGGUCUCUCCAUUGGCCCCCUGAGGCACAGAUGGGUCACUCAGAUGAGGAGAAUGAACCCGCCUUUGUUUCACCGCUGGAUGAAAAGAAAGUGAUGAAACAGCCAACCCUCUCGAUGUCCAAUUUACAUGAGGCCACUAUGCCUGUGCUACUGGAACAUCUCCGAGAAACUAGAGCUGACAAGAAAAGGAUAAGGAAAGUAUUACGGGAAUUUGAGGAAGAGUUCUUUAGACAAACAGGAAGGAGUCCCCAGAAGGAAGAUCGGAUCUCCAUGUCAGAGGAAUAUUUGGAGUACAAGCAUAUCAAGGCUAAACUCCGCCUCCUGGAGGUUCUCAUCAGCAAACACGACGUCUCCAAAACCAUCUGAAGCCAGUAAAACUUCCUGAUGGCAGGAAAGACAACGCCUGGCUCUUUCUGCCCAGUGAUUUGCUCUUGCGCUUCCUUAAGGUGAUAAUGCUCAGGUGAGCAUAGCAGAAAGGUCGUGGAGCAGGCAUGAGACUGCACAAGGAAGGAGUAACUGGAUGGAGGACAGGCUCUUCCCUGUGAAUUCUCUCCUAUUUCCAGAAUCUGUUUUCACCUGGACAUUUGCCUGCUGCUGAGUUAAAGGGAAGCAGCAGCCCUAUGCAAUUUCAUGAAGAUGGCUUGGGAAUCCCAAAGCUCUGCUGAAACAUACUUGCUAUCCAAACGAUCUGGCCACCAUCAUUUGAACAACGGUGCUCAAAACAUUGGAAGGGCAAAGAAGUCAGCAGGAUUUGAUCUGCGCUUCCCAGAGGGAAGCCUAUGUGUGUGUAUGCAGCUGAGCUUUGUUGGUACAUCCAAAAUUACGAAUUCUUGAAGGGCAAAAUCUCACAAUUAUGAAAUCCCAGUUCAAUUCGCCCUUCAAAAUUAAUUGCACAACCUCCUGAGAUACAAGCCUGAGAUAUUCCAGCAAUCUUACCAAGAACCACAAAAUGACAAGUCUCUUGUGAGAUUUUUGCCCUUCUGGCAUUGAAAUCUCAUGAGAUUUGUAUGGGAUCAGGGAGAUUUUUCCAAGAUUCAGUAAUCUUGUGAAAGGGCCAAUUCAGGAAUCUUGGUAUCACCCACUGCCUGCCUCUCACCACUUUUGGGCAAGAAUGCCAUAAUUCUACACAAGGAACAACACCAAGCAUUGACAUCUGAUGGAAGCUGUCAUGAUGUCCUACUCAUCAGAAUGUCAUGAAUUAUGUAACAUGGGUUUAGUCACCCAAAUUGCAAUUGCAAAUCAGAAUACAUGGUGCUAAAGUACAGUGUUCGGCUGUUGAGAAUCUUCAUCUUUCUCCAUCUUCCUUUCUCUUUUUGGUAAAUAAGAAGGCAGCAUUUGGUGCUUUUAAUGCAAAGACAUGAGCAAUGCUUAGUGAAAUUCUCACAAUAAUUCUUACAAAAAUAUUCAAGGGCCAGUAGGGAGCAUUUGGGCUAUGAGAUCAGUUCUCAGUCCCCAGGACUAAAUUAUGCAAUAAUUUUUAAAAGGGUGGGUGAAUUGUUGUUCUGUGCACAUUGAAGGAAAUUUUUAGAAAAUGCAGUUGUUUGCAGAUUUCAGCUUGCUGUAGAGAGAAUUUUGUGUGCAAGGUUGCUGCCAAAGCUGGAUCAGUUUUGUGUUUAUCCAGCUGAAGUGUUUAUAUUGCAGUUUUCCUCUCUGUUGUGGACAUCAGCAUAUCUGCAUUCUCUGUUUUUACCACUUCUGACUUUUCUUAAAUAGGGAUUGGGUGGAUUAUGACUUAAUGCCUUUUGAUGGGUUAGUAUUGAGAAGCCGAGCAAUUGGAGAGUCAUCUCUACACAUUUGCAGAGGCUUACACUUUAGUUAAGCCUUGGGUCAAUUGAUGUUCUAGAGGUGCCUCCUUCCCAAAGUGGCCUUGUUCUGCUCUGCCACUCAUGGACUCUGGGGGAAGGUUCUGGAUGCUACAAAGACACGUAGAAUGUUCCAUCCAGGCUGUGGAAGUGGUGGAGAAGCACUGAGAACAGGAAUGUUUGAUUCAGACAGGGAGGGCAUCCUUUGGAAAAUAGCUGAGUGGGUUAUUGUACUCUUACUUGCUGAAGGAACAGGUUAUUUUCUGAACUAUUGACUCUACGGGCAGCUAACUAGAUUAGCUUAGUUUCUUGAUUUUGCACAAAGUGUACAACUACUUUUGGCUGAGUGCUGGAGUUCUCUCCCAUUUGCAUUGUGCUGUCUACUAAGAGUGUACAAACAUGGACUUAUAGGGAAAACGUCAUGAAAAGUGGACUAAUUUCUCUCUUGGACACUUCAGUACUGCUUUCGGGCUUUAUAAAAUUGGUCUGAGCUUUAUCAUAGAAGCCAUUCUGCUGAAACAAAAAUACUAGAAGUCAGAGAUGGUAUUCAGCAGGUUCUGACCAGUUUUGGAAAAUUUUUGAGUAGUUCGGGGAUC